AUGAAAUUUGACACUGUACUUUCUGAAAUUAAUGGAUUUGGAGAAUUCCAAAUUAGGCUGUUUUUAAUUCAAAUGUUAUCGCGAAUUACUAUGCCAUGUCACUUCCUGCUGAACAACUUUAUGGCCGCUGUCCCCUCUCACCACUGCAACAUCAGUGCCUUGGAGGAUGGAGGUUUGUUUGGAAAUUUAACUCUUCAUGAGAAAUUGGCUGUUGGUAUACCGGCAGAGCGGAAUGGGACUCUGAGCUCCUGUCAGAUGUUUACAACGCCACAAUAUCAGUACCUGUCAGGUUCAAAUGGUAGUGAGGAAGCCUUUUCAGUUAAAUGUCAAAAUGGAUGGAUCUAUGACAACAGCACCUUUAAAACUACUUUGGUAACAGAAUGGGAUCUUGUGUGCAGCAGAAAAGGGAUGAACAAGGCAACAGCUACCAUUUUCUUCAUUGGCGUUAUGAUUGGAGCCCCACUAUUUGGGUUUCUCAGUGAUAGGUUUGGGAGACGUCCACUGCUGCUGGUGUCUUAUCUAUCGUCCUUGACAUUUGCAGUUUUAAGUGCUUUCUCAACAUCAUAUGUAAUGUUUGCCAUCAUGAGAUUUUUUACGGGGAUGUCCCUCGCAGGAAUAAGUAUAAUCUCUAUUGCUUUAAAUGUUGAAUGGUGUAGCAUUGAACGCAGGACUUUCUCUGGUGUAAUUAUAAGCCUGGAUUGGACGAUCGGGAACUGGAUUCUGGUUGGAAUUGCUUACUGUGUAAAUGAAUGGAGGAUGCUUAUUCUGGCAGUCACGUCACCACUGGUUCUUGCCAUUAUUGCUUGGUGGUGGCUUCCAGAGUCAGCAAGGUGGCUCAUAGCAAAAGGGAAGGUUGAUACUGCUCAUCAUUACAUCAUGAAAUGUGCUCAGACAAACAACAAAUGCAAGCGUAUGGCCACCAUCACACCAAAGACAUUACUAGAAUCUGCAGAAGCUGACACUGAAGAUAAGAAGUACACAGCAUUAGAUCUUUUCAGGUCUCCAAAAAUCAGAAAACUUGCUAUAUCUUCAGGGAUUGUGUGGUACGGAGUUGCUUUUACAUAUUACGGGAUAAGUCUAAAUAUAACAGGGUUUGGUCUAAACCCAUACCUUACACAGUUUAUAUUUGCAUCCAUUGAAAUGCCGAUGAAAGUAGCCGUUUAUUUUUCCUUGGAGAAACUUGGUAGAAGGAAUUGUGAGAUGGGAGCCUUGCUGUCCACUGGUCUCUGUCUCUUCAUCAACAUUUUUAUUUCUCAAGAUAAGUGGCUCAUUCGAACAAUUGUGGCAGUUCUUGGAAAAUCCAUGUCAGAGGCCUCGUUCACAAUAAUGUACCUCUACACAACUGAACUCUAUCCUACAGUUGUACGACAAAAUGGUCUAGGCUACACUUCAUUCUUGGCACGGCUGGGUGUGUCCAUUUCCCCACUUGUCAUGCUUUUAGAAGACGUGUGGCAUCUCCUGCCUGCUGCUACUUACUGCUUGGUUGCAGUUAGUGCUGGUUUAGUUGCUUCUCUCUUGCCUGAAACAUUAAACAUGCAACUGCCAGAGUUCAUCGAAGACAUUGAGAAACCCAGGAAACAUACAAAGAAGAAGGAGAUUCAGUAACAAUUCAUCUCACCUGCUUUCAAAUAUUAUCACUGUUAAAAUUCCCAAUAAAAACA